UUGGUGUAUCAUACAGUUGGUACAUCGUACUUGGAAAAGGUUUUUCUGCUUUAGAUUGAGAUUAGACUGAGUUUGCAUGUGUUGAUUGUUUUAUACGGGUACAAAUUGUUUAUUUAAUGUUACGUAAAUUUUACUAACCAUCCAACACCUAAACGUCCUGACAAACAAUAUUAUUGAUAUAUGUACACUUUUUGUUACAGUUGUGUCGGAAAAGUGUGUCCGCUUAGCAAGAAUUUUUUUUAUAUUUGUGCUUAGGCGGUUGGGAUAAAAAUAUUUUAUGAUGUAUUCUUGAAAGUUCUUUCCUUAUUCGAGUUCUGAACCGUUUACAGAGCUUUCUUGAAGUGAGUAAAUACAUUACCUACCAUAGAGUGUUGGUAGAUUUUAUAAUGGAAGAAAAAUCUGAAUCAAAUAAUAACAGCCAGAAGGCUAAUUCUUGUGCUAAUGAUACAAAGUCAAAACAUUCUAAAAAGAGAAAUCCGCAUAAGAAGAACGGUAGUGGUGAUGAAAAUAACACAGAUGCUUUACCAAAAGAAUUGCCUCCACCAGCAAGAUGCAAUGUGUCUAUUCAGGAGAUCAAAGAAGCUAUGGAAGUCCUGUCAUUUCAGCAAGUGUACAAGCCAGCGAAGACGACAGAAGAAGCACUUCGCCAGCAACACAACUUCUGGAAUACACAGCCAGUUCCGAAAUUAGAUGAGAAAAUUACAUGCAAUGAGCCCAUCGAACCAGACAGGGAUGCUGCAGAAAUACGCCAGGAACCAUAUUCGUUGCCAGAUGGUUUCCAGUGGGACACUUUAAAUCUAAGUGAACCUCUUGUGCUGAAAGAGCUGUACAUGUUGCUGAACGAAAACUAUGUAGAAGACGACGAUUCCAUGUUUAGAUUCGACUACCCGCCCGAGUUCUUGAAAUGGGCCCUGCAACCUCCUGGGUGGAGGCAAGAGUGGCACUGUGGGGUGCGUGUGAUUCGUAGUCACCGCUUGGUAGGGUUCAUCAGCGCCAUCCCGGCCACGUUGCGGAUAUACGACCACACGCAGAAGAUGGUGGAGAUCAACUUCCUGUGCGUGCACAAGAAGCUGCGCUCCAAGCGGGUGGCUCCCGUGCUCAUCAGAGAGAUAACACGGCGAGUGAACCUGACCGGGAUAUUCCAGGCAGCGUACACGGCAGGCGUGGUGCUGCCCAAGCCCGUGGGCAUGUGCCGCUACUGGCACCGCUCUCUCAACCCCCGCAAGCUCAUCGAGGUGAAGUUUUCCCACCUGAGUCGCAACAUGACCAUGCAGCGCACCCUGAAACUGUACAAGCUGCCGGAGAGCACGCGCACCCCGGGGUUCCGCAAGCUGACGGAGCGUGACCUGCCCGCGGCCCGUGUGCUGCUCGCGGAGUACUUGCGCAAGUUUGACCUGGCGCCGGUGUUCGACGAGGAGGAGUUCCGGCACUGGUUCCUGCCCCGGCCGGGGGUCAUCGACAGCUUCGUGGUGGAAGAAGGCUCACAGCUCACGGACCUGGUCAGCUACUACAUCCUGCCGUCCACGGUUAUGCACCACCCCACGCACAAGCAGCUCAGAGCUGCGUAUUCCUUCUACAACGUGUCCACGCGCACGGGCUGGGUGGACCUGGUCUGCGACGCACUCAUCACGGCCAAGAACAACGGCUUCGACGUGUUCAAUGCCCUGGACCUGAUGGACAACAAGAUGUUCCUGGAGGAGCUCAAGUUCGGCAUCGGAGACGGCAACCUGCAGUACUAUCUGUUCAACUGGCGCUGCCCUCCCAUGCAGGCCCACAGGAUCGGCCUGGUGCUGCAGUGAGCCCACGAUCGGGGUCCUGCUCUUUGGUAACUAACUUGUGUUUGAAAUGCUUGCUUUUUCGUCAUGUGUGUAACGGUAAUUUAAAUAUUUCAAAACUGCAGAAUAUGUGUGGCGAAGAUGGUGGCUCAAGUCUUAUGCGUCACAGAAAAGUUUACGCAUUUAAAUGUGGUGCUUGUAGUUUGUACAUGAUUCCUUAUAUUGUCGGCAAGUGUUGCUAAUUCGACAUCCUUGUGCAGUCAGUGAAGCAACAGUAAUUCACAUUGUACACUUAAUAUUAAUAUUAUAAGUCUACUUUAUAAAUUUUGGAUAAAAUUGUCCAAAUUUAUUUCUUCAAAACGUCUUGUCAAUUGAUACUAUGCUUUUGCAGCAAUCAGCAUACCGGAGUUAAUAAUUAAGAUGGAUCUGUUUGUAAUAUGAUUGUAUUUGAUUAUAAAAUGGUUUGUUUAUGUUUGGGUCAUGAAAUGUUAUCUCUUUUUUUCUUUGGCAUUAGUUUCACAGGUGCAGACCUGCUGGUCAGGCAUUUACAAUGCAUACAAAGAAGUUAUUGCCAUCUCCUAGUUUAUGGUUGGUUGGUUUUUAUUUAUUAUGUACAUAUUGUUUUCUUAAACAGCAAUACUAAUGUCAUUAAAUCAGUUGUAGGGUGCA